AUGAUUGUUAAUGCUGCUAUUGAAGAGAGAAAAAUUGAAAACAAAAGUGGUAUGGACUUCUCCAAUGAAAAGAAAAGCAUGUUAGAUUUAUUGUUGGAAGUGGAAGAUGAAGACGGUGAAAAAAUGGACAAUAUCACCAUCAUUGACGUACUAAGUGCAUUGGUGUUUGCUGGUCAUGAAUCCACUGCAAUUGCUACAAUGUGGUUGUUGAAAUACCUUCAUGACAAUCCCGAAAUCUUACAAAAAGUUAAGGUCUUUCAAGAAACACUUCGUACGGCUAAUAUUGGGGUUGGAGGUUUUCGUGAUGUAAUGGCUGAUGUUGAAAUUAAUGGACACAACAUUCCAAAAGGAUGGAAAGUUUUGUUAAUGUAUAGAUAUAUUCAUAUGAAUCCUGAAAUCUUUCCCAAUGAUGGGACGCUUGAGAGAAUUAAUCCAAAAUAUGAAGUUGUGUCAUUUCCAUUUCGAGUGCCUAAAGACAACUUCUUGUGA